AUGCGAUUCUCUCGCAAAUUACUUGGUCCAUUUGUGGGAAGUCUAGCCAAAAAGCUCGACUACUACAGUCAAUUUCAACCAUCUUCGCUAACAAUUCAACAAUAUUUGGAUUUCGGUCGAAUCGGAACCGCCGCCAAUUCCUACUCUUUUCUAAAAAAUGAAUUGCUAGUUCGACUUGCCAAUAUUAUGCAAGAAUUCACACUUCUUCCACCAAAAUUGCUCCAAAUGCCAUCAUCAAAAAUGGUUUCGAAUUGGUAUGCGGAAAGUUUCGAAGAUCUUUUGUUAUUCGAAAAUUCGGAUGCUUCACCAGAACAUGUUUCGAGAUUCAAUGAUCAACUUACUGUGGUUUUGAAAAGACAUGCACAUGUUGUUGAAACGAUGGCUGAAGGAUUGAUUGAAUUGAGAGAAUCGGAUGGAGUUGAUAUUGCAAGUGAAAAAGGAAUUCAGUAUUUUUUGGAUCGGUUUUAUAUUAAUCGGAUAUCUAUAAGAAUGUUGCAGAAUCAACAUUUGGUGAGUUUUUAUCAUUUGAAAAUGAACAUUUUAUGAAAUAAUCUGCUGUUUCAAAAUUUCUGAUAUCUAACAAAUUUUCCACGUUUUUCGAUGAACCGUUUGAUCCCUGAAUCAGUAUAAAUCUUAAGUUUUAAGGCAACAAUUCAACGAGAAACUACUAUUUCAAAUAAUGCUCAAGAUUUUUUAUUCAUAUUUCGGGAUAAUUUCUCUUCGAGAUCGAGAAUAAUAGAUACAAUAGCAAAUCAAAAAAAAUUAGGAUAUUUUUUGAAACAGUGAUAUUUUGAGAGUGGGUUUCUAUACAUUUCUAAAAUUUCACUGUUUCAAAAAAUGUUCUUAAUUUUUUCGUUUCUCCAAAAAUUCUACUAUUUUUAUUUCGAAAUUCAAUCUGAAAAACACAUGAAAAAUUUACUGUUUCAAAAUUUCAUGAAUUUUUCCAAAUGUUUUUUAUUUUGUUCCGGUGUUUGAAUUUUUUUGGGUAAAAAAUUUGCUGUUUCAAAAAAAUUACAUUUGAAUUGUUUAUGCUAGUACAACAGAAAAAAAUAACAUGAGGAAAAUUUUGGCUAUUAAAACGUGUGCAAAAACUUUGCUGUUUCAAUAAUUUUUGAAAUGGAUGAACACUACUUUCGAAGGUUUUCCAGCUUGAAAAACAUUUGGGGAUAUAUUAUUGCGUUCAAUUUAUCAAUUAUUAUUCUACAAAAAAAUGACUGUUUCAAAAUUUCAUUAUAUUUUCAAUUUAAUUCGAAAUUUCUGAUUUUUCCUUUUUCAACGUUAUCAAAAAAGUUAAAUCAAAAUUUGUUUGCAGGUCGUUUUCGGCAAUGUUCUUCCCGAAAGUCCACGUCAUGUUGGUUGUAUUGAUCCGGCUUGUGACGUGGAAUCCGUGGUUUAUGACGCUUUCGAAAAUGCUAGGUACUUUUUUUGUUUAACAGCUGUCGGUCUCCUUUAUUUUUGGACCUAAAAUGCACUUUUUUGGUCCCGAAAAUCGAAAUUUGCAGAUUUUUAUGCGAUCGAUAUUAUUUGACAAGUCCAUCAAUGAAACUCGAAAUGCACAAUCAUGUGGAAAAAGAUAAACCGAUUUCAAUUGUUGCUGUUCCAAGUCAUUUAUAUCAUAUGAUGUUUGAGUUAUUUAAAGUGAGAUUUUUCAAAGAUUUUGGGGCAUAAUUGUGAUAUUUUUUUACAACCCAUAUUUUUUAUCCGAAAAAUCAAUAUUUUUAUCUUGUUUUUCGACCUCGCUAUUUUUAUUUUCCAAACAAAAAAGAUUGUUAUCAAACACGUGGGUGAUCUUUGUACCUAUAAUACUAUACUAUUUUUUGCAAGGGAAAAAUUUUUCGCCGAAAAAAUUGGGGGAAAUUGAGGAAUUUUUGGGAUGAAAAUUGGGAAAAGACGGAGUUUGAGCCGAAAAAACUAAUAGAACUCUUGUUUUUUAUUACAAAUUUUAAAGAUUAACGAAAAUAAGUUUGAAAAUUGAAUAAAAAUUCAUUUUCUUUCGAAAAUCAAUCAAAAUAUCCAAUUUUUUUUGCAGAAUGCCAUGAGAGCUACUGUCGAAUUUCAUGGAGUUGACGACGAUUUACCGGAUAUCAAAGUGUUUGUUGUCAAAGGACAUGAGGAUUUAUCGAUUAAGGUUAGAUUUUUAAAGUUAGAAAAUACUUGAAAUUCAGGCAGAAUUGUUGAAAACAGCGGAUGUUUGAUGAAUUUUUGAGCUAGAAAAGUUAUCACAGCAAUUUUGGAGUUUUUAAAUAUUUCUUCAAUUUCAAAAUCAUUGUUCGUGGGCUUCUUUAAUUUUUGAUGAGAUUAUUAGAUUGUGAUGAAUACCAUCUUUAUGAAACACAUAUUCCAAUAUUUUCGAGUUUUUCACAUAUUUUUGAAACAGUGAAAAAAUAUGCAAAAAAAAAAUUCAAAAAGCACUUUAAUUUUUCAUUAAAUUGUAUUUCUCCAAAUUUUCCUGAAAAUUUUUUUGUUUUAUUAAUUUUUUGGCUGAAAAUUAUCAAAAUCUUCUGAACUAUUCUAAAUUUUCUCAGAAAGUUCCCGAAAAUGUAUUUUUGUUGCCGCUUCUAAAAAUCACCCUCCAAUUUGCUUCUGUUUGCAGAUCUGCGACCGAGGUGGCGGUGUUUCUCGCACAAUUCUCGAACGUCUCUAUAAUUAUAUGUAUUCAACAGCUCCGCCUCCACCAAGAGAUGGAACACAAGCACCAUUAGCUGGUUAUGGAUACGGCUUACCAUUGUCCCGUCUUUAUGCUCGGUAUUUUUUGGGUGAUUUGUUUUUGGUUUCGAUGGAAGGACAUGGAACUGAUGCGUGUAUUUAUUUGAAGGUUUGUGGGGCUUUUUUGGAAUCUGGAUGCGAAAAUUCGGAAUUUUCCAAUAAUCAAAUUACUUUUUGAAUUAUUCAAUAUUAAAUUUUUCAAAAUUUUCCGGCUAAAAAAAAUUACUGUUUCAAAAAUUUUAUAAAUUCUGGAUUUUUCAUACGAAAAAUAAUCAAAUCUAGCAACGAUUCAAUAUUUCUAUUGAACAUUUCAACAAAAGUUACUGUUUCAAAUUUUUCAUAAUUUUCGGAUUUUUCUAUUCGAAAAUCAAUUUUCAAAAUCAUGAGCUUCUAAUAUUUCUAAAAAAAUCUGGACCCAAAAAUCAGAAAAUUUACUGUUUCAAAUUUUUUAAAAUAAAUUGUGCUUUGAACAGAAACAAUUCAAUACACAUAGUCGUCUGUUAUUUCAAACACCGUGAAAUGUUCAGCCUGAAAAUUUUAAUUUUUUUCGUUUAGUUUUGAAACAGUGAAUUUUUUAGGUUUAAACAGUUGAUUUUUGGCGCAAGAAUAUGAAAAAUUUUCCCGAAAACAGAAAUUAUUGUAUUUCCGCCUCCAAACACUCCCUAUAUUUUCCCGAUUUUUCAGGCUGUCCCAGUUGAAGCAAGUGAAGUAUUGCCAAUCUACAGUACCUCAUCUCGCCGAAAUUUGACAAUGGGACCACAAGUUGCCGAUUGGUCUCACCAUGUUCCAGGACAAGGAAAUCGACCAACCCAAACCUAG